AUGACGAAAUCAACAUGUCCCAUCGAGUUAACAAAAUCUGUUUCGUUUUAUGGUAUCAGUGGAAAAGCUGAAAUUCGAUGCAAGAAGGAUUGUAAGCUUUUCAGAAUAACGAGCCCUGGGUAUAACAUAUCCCGAAUUCAAUUUGUCAACUUGAUUAUAUCAACUUCAGGUGUUGCAGUUGUACUCAUACCACCUCGAUCGAAAUUAGUAUUUCGCAAUGCCUUGGUCAAGGAUAACAUCAUUGGUAUAAGCGGGAAAUAUUCAUCUGAUUGCUCCAUUGAAAUAUCAAACUCAAGUUUUGAGCAUAAUUACCACAAAGCAAUACGUCUGCAAUGUUCUAAUCUCACAGUUCAAGUUAGCACCAGUACUUUCAGACUAAGUCCCGUGUCGUUCCAAAACUUUGGUUACAAGCCACAUAACAUCAAAGUGCUGUUCAAAAAUACGCUGUUUGACGGUGAAAAUACUCAAAUGUGUGCUGACAUGUUUACGAUACGACCUCUUGCAGCUGUGGUCGACAUAACAAUUAUUGACUCAAAAUUGAGAAAUCAUUAUUCGUUUUCAUGCCCUCACGGACCGUUUUUGACAUUAAAAAUACAAGAUUCGAAAUUUAAAGCUAUACCUCGAGUCCUAACAUUCAUAUUUUUAAAGGAUCUAGUAGUUGAAAACAAUUUCAAUAGAUAUCCUACAGUUCGUAUACUUUCACAAUUUUCCCAUCCCACUUCUUUGAGAAUACAAGACAGUAUUUUCAGGAACAAUUCGGAAGCACUUUGGGUUUCUAUUAAGUCUCAAACAAUGGUCCUUGAAAAUAACACUUUUGUUGACAACUUCGCCUCGUUAUUCAGCUUGAAGAGUGCAGCAGCGGUUUACUUUGAUUUUUGCAUCACCCAAGUAUUAUUGUGCCGUUUCCUUGACAACAAGGCUGGUCCAAAUCCUAACACAGGCGUGGUGACAAUCUCUCAAUCGGCGAGCGUAACCUUUACUGAUUGCUAUUUCGAAAAUCGACAAACUAGUGCACAGUCCAAUCAAGUCUUUGCAUUCGGAAACGAACCGUUAUACUUCAGGGGUGAUAAUACGUUCAACUUACUUGCCUUGAAGAAGGAACAAACAGUAUUUAUGCGCGUACCAAAUGGCGAAAAGUUUCCGCUUGGGAUGUCGAUAAAUAAAAAAUUCAAAAUCCUAUGCCCGCAAGGCUACACGCUAACUCUUCAAGGAAAGUACGACUCUAACAUGGACCAGUUUUACUAUAUUAACGUCCAGUGUGAUCGAUGUCAUACAAAAACCUACAUGUUCGAAAGAGGACAGCUCACUUUCAACAAGAGCAAUGGCGUUCAAUGUCAGCAAUGUCCUCGAGGAGGAAACUGUGAUAGUGGACUGAUCACAGCGAAACCGAAUUUUUGGGGAUAUAAAAAUAAGAUGAAUAUUUCCUUUAUUCAAUGUCCUCCUGGGUACUGCUGCGAAUCGGAAGAUUGUCUCACCUUUGACAGUUGCCAUGGUAAUAGAUCUGGAACGCUUUGUGGUCAGUGUCCAGAAGGAAUGUCGGAAAGUUUGUUCUCCACACAAUGUAUUUCAAACACAGAAUGCUCGAUAAAUUACAUCAUUAUUCUUGGCACAAUUGCGAUACUGGCUUUAUAUCUCGUCUUCUUUCUUUACCAAAAAGAAAUCAUGAACUUUCUACGAAGAAGUCUACUAAGUAAACACUUGUCGUUCUCAGGAAACAGGCAGAACGAACAAAGAAACAAUUUUAGCACCGGCGGUAAUACCUAUUCAGCGAAUGGGAUUGUUAAGAUAUUUUUCUACUACUAUCAAGUUUGUAAUUUGCUGAGAAGCUCUGUAGGUUCUCGUAAAAAUAGCGAGUUUAUUCACAAUUUUGAGAAUGUUAUCUCAGGAAUAAUGAACAUGAUUCUAGUAAAUGUUCCAUCUUUUACUUGUCCUUUGAAAGACCUUCGUGCUGUUCCCAAGGCAGUCGUUCUACAUUCUGUUGGGUAUUGUAUUUUGGUUCUUCUUUGUCUACUUCAUUUGGUUGGUAUGCUGAUUCUGUUUUUAAGAAGAAUAAAACGAGGAGGUGAAAGACGUUUAGUUUUGCAAUAUGUAGAAAGUUUCGAACAAGUUAAUAGCGCCAGAAAAUCAUCAUUUUCCCAAAGAGUUGCCUCAGCCUUCACUUACAUUUCGUUAUUAAUGUACGCCACAUCAGCUAAACUCUGUCUCUCCUUGCUUCACUGUGUACCAGUUGGUGACAGUCUGGUUUUGUUUCUUGAUGGAAAUAUAAAAUGUUACCAAACAUUUCAAUAUUUUGUUUUUGCUUAUAUGAUCUCUUCCAUUCUGCCAUUUUGUCUUGUUCCUGUUCUCGGUUCUUACUUGUUAAAGGUUGGUCGCAUUGGUGUUAAACAAUUUUGUGCCGCUUGCAUUUUCCCUCUGCCAUUUUGUUGUUUUUGGAUGUAUUUGUUGCUUAAGGACUGUCGUCGGGUAAAUCAGGGUACAUAUAACAUGAUAGAACAGAAUAACGAAGCAUUAAGUCAAGAACAAUGCAAUGAACAGGAACAAAUAACUUCAGCAACAGACGACAAUAGAACCACUUCUAACAGAGGCAGUGAAGCAUCGAUUCUGAGUGUCUUGUUGGGUCCUUUUAGAUGUCAUCAAGCUUUUAUGUGUUUUCCUUCUUCACAUAUUCCUUGGGAAGGUUUUCUCAUUUUUCGUCGAUUAGUCUUGAUCAUUGUGCUGAAUUUUGUUUUUGACAUUCAGCUAAGACUGUUGGUCGCUUUAAUGGUAUGUGUUGCCAUUCUUGGUUUCCAUGUGUCUGUCAAUCCUUUUCAGAGAAAAAGUGACAAUGUGCUGGAGUUUCUUUCUCUUAGUGCACACGUAGUCCUGUGUGGUCUGACUUUGAUUAAAGCUCUUUAUUACGGUGAAGAUUACUCUGCCUUUUCUAAUACUUUGUCGGUGUUGAAUGUGAUUGAAAAUAUUCUAAUAGUUGCUCCAUUAUCAACCAUUAUGACUGUAGUCAUUUUGUGUCUUGUUGUAAAGUUGGCAUUUGGUUUAAUACACUCCGUAUCUGUGUUGAUUCGGAAAGUAAGGAAUCUAGUUAGGUUUACUGAGUAA